AUGACCCUGAGAGACGGUGAUCGCACCACGCCCAAAAAGGAUGACAAAUGCGCUUCAAAAGGGUCGGAAGCGGGACCGCCGCCGAGCUCCGCCCAGGAAGAGAGAGGGCCUUCCGAGGCGCCGAGGCGUUUGUGCCGAGAACGGUGGGCGGCCCGCGGCGGUGCGUAUGAGGUUGGAGCCCAUCCAACCCACUUCGAUUUUCUCCAACGUUUCAAACUCCCAACUCCACCGCGACCACUCUACCCACCCGACGUGUAGCUAUGCCGGCAAGUUCCAGACAAGGUCGUACGAUCAAUCGGAUCAACCCAUUGCCCAGGGGAUUGUGCUGCGUUCCUUGUGAGUUCUUCGUAGUCUGGGCUCGCUUGAUCUCGGCUUCAGCUCGGCGAUACGUCACGUUUCACCGUUGGGGCGGUCGGGCGUUGAAGCGAGAGGCGUUUGCGGAGGCAUACCGAGGUACUGGACGUAUGUAUGUCGGUGUACAUGAUCGGGAAUUAUACUGGAGCUGUUGAAAGCUCGAGGAGUGCACGUGGACGUCGGCAGAUCUGCGUGGAUCUACUACUACUCUGCAUCCAACGCUUCUCUACGGGCAUCGAUUACGGAGCUUUGAGACGGCAACCGAUCCCGAUGCGAUGCCACUCCGCUGCGAUCAACGUUCAACGACACUGCGCUGCGGAACGAUUCACCUUGACCGUAUCCUGACCAGCACCGCGUCAUACCUACUUUGGAAAUUCUAUGUUCUAAUUUCCACAGGUCGAGAACGAAGAGUGCGCUGCGACGGCGGUCGUUCGCCCGGUUGCUCAGCCUGCGUUCGUAAAGCGAGAUGGGACGGCAGGAACAUCGACACUGACUUGGGGUGCUACUACAAGGAGCCCGCAUCGAGCUUGUCUUCCUUAUCACCCUCACCACCUGUAGCUUCGUGUUCGACGGGUAGGGCCGUCUUUCUUCUAUUGCUCCUGUCGAGCGAGCUCGAGCUGAUCAAUCCUCGUUGAUCGAUCGAUCAAUCGACUUUCCGUUUCACCCCAGCUGCAGCGACAAGCUACAAUCAUUCGCAUGAUCAAGAUCAGAAAUCUUCAAUUGCAGCACAUACGGUAUCAACUCCAUCUAAAAAACCCCUUUCAAGACGUGCGGCUCGAAAACCCAAAGGCUCAACUCCACCUGCGGAGCAACCGGCCGCUCCUUUACAAAAAGGUGAGUUUGCUCGUUCAUCUUUUUACGAGGUUUCUUGCGGUCUUCUAGGGUGGGAGGGAAUCGCCUUCGCAUGCACGACGUGCCCGUGUCGGCUAGGCCGAAUUUUCUUGUCCAUCGUCUCGGCCUUCGAUCAGGCACGCGCGCCGGGCGCAAAUUAAAUGCGAUCCAACUGACACAUAGGUCCCCAUCCAAUUCGUUUGAAUUUUAUCCAGGCCUAGCAUGUAUCGCCUGCAAAGCGCGUCGAGUCAAAUGCUCGGGCUCGAAACCGGCGUGCGAUAGCUGCGUGCGCAAUGCGCGCUGGAACGGUCGUUGUCCCGACACGGAGCACGGCUGCGUCUAUCGAGCCGACUUACCCCGCAAAAACGCGCCUUAUCACCCACCAAAUCAUCGAGACUUGGCCCAUUCAAUCGCUCAAAAGCCCUUCUUAUCGGGUGCAUUCAAUUCGAGGAUGAAGAGGUCUAGUUCUUCCUGUGGCUCGGAUGGCUCGGAUGGGGAACAAGGGGAGGAGGAAGGGUAUUAUUCUGAAGAGGCCUUUGGCGGCGGCGACUCGGACCUUGGAGUUGGGGGGUCGCUAGGGAUCAAUCUCGGAUGUGGGAAUGCAUCGGGAUCGGUCGAACCUAUUGGUGCGUUUGACUCGAUAUGUAGUUUAGUGCAUUCUGUACAAGUCCUAAUAAAGCCCUCUGUCGGUCCUACAGACGAAGACGUCAAACCGAUGAUCGUCCUCGCCGAAGAAGAAUUUGACCCCGCCGUCUGUCCCGCCGCCGCCGCCGCGGAGGACCCCAGCUGUUCCCUCUCCGCCUCGGACGUGCUGCUCUCGGAACCCGAGUUUGCCCUGCCUCACCCAACAGAACCGACCUUUUCGACCUCACCUCGUCUCGUUCCUUCGCUGUACGCCUCCUCAUCAACAACAGACACCUCGUCCUCCUGCCCCUCGCCUCUCCUCGCUUCGCCUUCCUUGUCCCCUCUGGGAACGCCUCACGCCUUCUUCGGCCACGACCUCGCGUUGGUGUCGUACCCACCUAUGCCUUACCCACCUGCGAGUUAUUGGACCGAAGUGAGGUUACCCCCUCCUCCACCGAUGUUUGAAUUGGAUUGGGACGCGUUGAGGUUGGAUAAUACCGCCGGGGAGGAUCCCAUGAUGCUGAGUUCAUCGUUGUUCAAAGGAACCGGUAUGUUUGGGAAGGAGAUGGUGGGUGGUGCGGGAUUGGAAAGAAGUACGACGGUUGUGAUCGAUGGGGAUGGUGCAGAGUUGGAGCCGGUGACGGUCGAUCCUAGGCUGACGAUGAGGACGGAUGAUGAGAGGGAGGAUAAGGGAGAGGAGGAGAGUUGGAAGAGGGAACUCGGCGAUUUGAUGAACGAGGAUGUGACGAGGGAGUGGGGUUUGUAA